GCGGCGCUCAGCGUCCGGGGACCCGGCGGUGUCACCGGGGCAGGGCGCCGGUGGGGUCUGGAGCCAAGAGAACCUGGAAGAUCCGAGCGGCCGGGGCUCGCGGGAGGUGGGAGGACGCUUUGACCCGGGGACCCCGGCGGCUCCGGGUUUGCAGGCACCCGGGUAGCCUCGGGCUGGAUCCAGGAGGCAGAGCAGGAAAGCGGAUGGAGGAGGUGGCUUUGGUCUCUUGCGGUCCCCUGGAUCUCCCGGGUCUCAUCACGUCCACCCCCCACGCCCCCCGGCCCUCUCGACCCCGGGGCUCUCGUGGAGCACCCGCUCCAGCCGCCCAGCCCCCUGCCGCGUCCCCAGUGGCCUCGGGGCAUCACCGUCCGCCUUCCCCCCUAGUCUCGCAGGCCAGUCUGCUCCGCCUCUACCACCGGUUUCAGGCGCUGGACAGGAACGAGAAAGGCUACCUGAGCCGCAUGGAUCUGCAACAGAUUGGGGCGCUGGCCGUGAACCCCCUGGGAGACCGCAUCAUAGAAAGCUUCUUCCCAGACGGGAGUAUGCGAGUAGACUUCCCAGGCUUUGUCAGAGUCCUGGCUCAUUUUCGACCCGUGGAUGAUGAGGACGACGGAAACCGGGAUCCCAAGGAACCCGAACCCCUCAACAGCAGGAUGAACAAGCUUCGCUUUGCAUUUCAGCUCUACGACCUGGAUCGAGAUGGAAAGAUCUCCAGGCUUGAGAUGCUGCAGGUGCUCCGGUUGAUGGUUGGGGUACAGGUGACAGAAGAGCAGUUGGAGAGCAUCGCCGACCGCACAGUGCAGGAAGCCGAUGAGGAUGGGGAUGGCGCUGUGUCUUUCCUGGAGUUUGCCAAGUCCUUAGAGAAGAUGAACAUUGAGCAGAAAAUGAGCAUCCGCAUCCUAAAAUGACCCGCUUUGUGCUGUUGGGGCGCUUACAUGGACCAGUUCUGCUUGGGAUUCAUCCUCAUGGUGGCAGAGCCCAGAAAAUUGUGUUCUUAGUUUUACACUAAAUUCUGUGUAGGGCCAAGGUGAGAAAGCUGGAAGAGUGUGUAGCAAUUUGUUUGAUCCCAGAUCUGUGAAUCAGACAGGAACCUUUUGGUUGCAAAUGACUGAACACCCGAAUCAAAGGGCUUUUGGUUUAAAAGGGAUUUGGGGGAGCUCCCUGGUGGCCUAGCAGUUAAGGAUCUGGCACUGUUCAUUGUCACUGCUGUGGCACAGGUUCAAUCUCUGGCCUUGGGUGAGGCAAAAAAAAAAAAAAAAGGAAGAGUUUAUGGAAAAUGUAAAAGUAAUGAAAAAGUGUGGAAGUAUUUUCAGAAAACUGGGAAAGUCUGGAAGUGUCUCAGGCAUAGCUGGAUCCAAAGGCUCAAAUGAUGCCAUCACGACUCAGUUCUCUGUCUCUCAACUCAGCUUUCUUUUAAUUAGUAAAUUUUCCUUUUUUGUUUUAAUGGCUACAGCCAUGGCCUAUGGAGGUUCCUGGGCCAAGGAUUGAAUCCAAGCCACAGCUGCAACCUACAUGGCAGCUAUGGCCAUACCGGAUCCUUUCACACACUGUACUGGGCCAGGGAUCGAACCCAUGCCUCCGCAGCAACCCAAGCUGCUGCAGUGGGGUUCUUAACCCACUGUACCACAGCGGGAACUCCUCGACUCAGCUUUCUUUUGUGUUGAAUUCCUUCUCAGGAGGGCUCUCUCCUGCUGGUGGAGGAUGGCCGCCAGCAGCUCCAGGCUGCCAUCCUACUAGCUUAGGAAUCCAAUGGGAAGAGAAUUUUCUUUUUCAGUGAUUCCAAGCAAAGCGUGGCCGUAGCCCAAGUGGAACCUUGUCCCUUUUCUCGGGGAGUAGAAGGCUCUAUUCCACCAGAAUUCUGCCAUGUGCUAACUAACUGCUAGAGCCAGGGAAUAAAGUCGGAGGACUCAGGAUGGGUAGGGGAUGGUUGCUUAAAAGAAAAUGAAGGGCCAUUAGAAGGGGGAAUGAUGCUGGUCAGACCAAACAAGAGAUAUUCCUUAUUGUUUAGGCUGACCAAAUGGAGGGAUUCUUGAUGUCUGGUUUCGUUUUCUUUUUUCUUUUUAUAAUGAUUUUUAUUUUUUCCAUUAUAGCUGGUUUACAGUGUCUGGUUUCUUAAAUGGGUUUUCACUGAUCUCGUGGGUGUCUGCCAGUGUGAUGAGGCUGGGUAGCAGGGGAAGAGAUGACGUAAAAGUAAUAAACAAGGAGUUCCUACUGUGGCUCAGAGGAUGAAGAAUCCGACUACUGGAGUUCCCACUGUGGCGCAGUGGAAACAAAUCCAACUAGGAACCGUGAGGUUGCGGGUUCGAGCCCUGGCCUCACUCAGUGGGUUAAGGAUCUGGCGUUGCUGUGGCUGUGGUGUAGGCCUGCAGCUGUAGUUCUGAUUUGACCCCCUAGCCUGGGAACCUCCCUAUGCCAUGGGUGUGGCCUGAAUAAGUGAA